AUCUCCAGCCUGCUCUUCAAUCGGAUCAUUUCUCCACAUGUGUCAGAGCUGCGGACUGGAGGAACUUUCUUCUUCUUCUUCUUCUUCUUCGACUCUCAGUUUCACUGAUGGAGAACAAAACUCAAGAAGUCAAUGAUUCUCCGUUUUCUAUCCAGAAUCUGCUGAACAAACCGGACAAACCCAGAGCUCAUCUCUGCUUCUCCAGAGGCCCGGAGCUCAGCUUCAGGAUCGGGCCCUGGUGCUGCCCCAACACAGAUGUCAGGAGCGACUCGACGCUGAACACACACGCGGGUCCCAGGGAUGAGGAGGAGGAGGAGGAGGAUGAAGGUCUCCUGGAGGAAAGUGACCCGGAUGAGCAGAAGCCUGAGGGACAGAAGAGCCUGUGCCGGAAGAAGAAGACGCGCACCGUGUUUUCCCGCGCGCAGGUGUUCCAGCUGGAGUCCACCUUCGACCGCAAGCGCUACCUGAGCAGCGGGGAGCGCGCGGGCCUGGCCGCGGGACUGCGCCUGACGGAGACGCAGGUCAAGAUCUGGUUCCAGAACCGCCGGAACAAGUGGAAGCGCCAGAUCGCGGCAGAACUGGAGGCCGCUAGCCUCGGGCACGCGCAGAGGAUCGUACGCGUACCCAUACUCUACCACGAGCACGCGGAGAACGCGCGGGCCGCGGGGCUAGCCUUCACGCACGCGCUGUAUUACCCGCAUUCCCUGAUUAGACCCGUGUGAGAACCGGAGAGACUCAACCUGGAACAAGUGACCAAAACGAAUUAACUUACCUGUGGGAGAGUCACACAUCUGUACACACACACACACACAACACCACAUCUGCGCACAGACACAGACUCCUGCGCGCACACAUACACACACACUUGCGCGCGCGCACGCACACCUGAACAGGGGUUAGCUGGAUUAACGGCUGUAAAAACAUGUUAGGCUAUUUAUUUGUUUGUAGAAUAUAUGGUAAAAUAAACGUGCUUUGCUGAAGGAGAGUGCGUGUUCAGCAGAGGUCGGUGCACUGCGUUUAUGAGGCUGUUAUUAUUAUUAUUAAUUAGCCUAAUUAUUAUUAUGAAUUAUUAUUUAUGCUGUUGUUAUUAUUAUGAAGCGAAAUCAGUGUAUUUGUCCAUAAACCGUGUGUGUUUAUGGAGGAAAGUGAAUAGACAUCUUAUAUUAUAAAUGUCACUGAAACAUCGGCAAUGUUGGGAAUGUGUUUCCUGUGUGUGUGUGUUCAUGUUGUUACGCAGAUUCAUGCAGAUACUGAAAUCGCAUUGUUAAUGAUUGUAUUUGUCAGUGUAAAUUUUGCUCAAGUAAAUAUUUUAUUGUCUGAAAACAUCAGAAACGAUGAAUUAUGAUGAUAAACGGAUAUUUUGGAGGAUUUCCUCCAGUUUUUAUACGGUCAUUAAUAAAUGUUGAUCACUGAAUGUGUUUGUGUGAUUAUGAAGUAGGCUAAUAAACUGCUUCUGUUGAAAUUAUUAAAUCAUUUAUUUUU